AUGCUCCUCCGUGGUGUUUCACGGGUGUCCGCCGCGGCAGCCGCACACCUCCCUCCACAGACCGCAGUCGCCACUCUUUUUGCCACCUCUGGCAUGUUGGCCACUCCCAUUCGCGUGCAAUACCGCCUGUUUCACCGUUCGUUCCCGCUGCAGCUGGAGUUGAAUCCGGCGAGGCAGCUGUAUAGCAUGGAGCACGCGUUUGAGGAGCCGACAUUCCGUUUUAUCUGUGAGGGCAGGGAUAUCGACUACAGGGCAGAGGUUCGGGCGACCCUGCUUGAGGUGAUUGCAAAGAAGCCGUCCAAUUUUGUUGACAAGACUGAUGAGGUGUGGCUGCAGGAGACUUUGCCCCAACGCACAGCGCAACUCCUGCGGGCAGUGGCCAAAAAGCAGUUGCUCUCAUUUGCACAGGUAAAGUCCACUCCCCAGUUGUUUCCGGCCUUUUUUGAGGUGCUGGCCACAUGCAGCGCUCCGUUGGCGUUGCUUGCUGCCGAUCACUUCACAUUUGCGGCGAUGAUUGCGACGCACGGGACGGCCGAGGCGCAGAAAGCGAUUUUAGAUGAUGUGGACACCUGCCGUGUGAUCGGGACGAUUGCGCACCGGGAGCUCAUCGCGGACGGUGCCCCGCUGAACACAGAGGCGCGCUACGACAAGGACGAGAACUGCUUUGUGCUGCGAGGGGCGGGGAAGUUUGCCGUGGUGGGGGCGGGGUGCGCCGAUUGGGCGAUUGUGACGGCGACACUGACGCUGAACAAGCGGGACAACCACGGCCUCCACGCCUUCGUGGUGCAGCUGCGGGAACGCGGUGCGCUGAAGCGGGGCGUGAGCGUGCGGCCCAUGCAAGGGGAGCAUCCGGCGAUGAGCGCCAGCGGCGCGGGCGUCCUCCACUUUGCCGACGUUCGCCUCCCCCUUUCCGCCCUGCUACUCCCCUCACGGAUCGUGGGCGGGGAGGUCUCUGUGACGGAGGACGCGGAUACCCCGACCUCGCUGCAGGCGCUGACGCUGCAAAUGCGCCUGGCAACCGCCGCACUCUACGCCGGCAUGCUGAAGCGGUUAUUGGCGAACAUCGUUCCGUUCAUUGCCCGAAAGGAUGUGGUGGGACCCGACGGGCGACGAAAUUACCCUUUUUUUGGUGUACAGCACGUGCAAACCCCGCUUGUGGAGGUCGUCGCAAAGUCCUACGUGUACCUGGCAGACUGGCGUCGCAUGCUUGCGGUCUUCGCGGCACCAGCUGGGCGGCGCCCAGACUACGAGGACGAGAUGAAGCUGGCGGGGACGAUCCACUUCCUGCAGGAGACCCUGCUCGAUCUGCGCCGGUUCGUGGAUGCCUUCAUGGGCGUCCACGCCUCGCUGGAGAGCACGGGCAGCAGCGAGGCGGCGCUGAUGGUGCACCUGCGGCAGGAAGGCGUGGAUCAGUCCGCCUUGAUUCGCGAGGUGGCCUUCAAGUCCGUCACACGGAACAUAGGCACCAGCCACUGGGGUUGGUGGCUUACCAGCCUGCUGCAGCCCUUCGCCGCGGCCGACAGAUUUGUCAAGAAUCCGUUUUACUCUCCGCGAAUCGCCGACUUGGGCAGACACUUGAUUUUCUUUAGCCACAAACACUACCGGGCCAAGAAGCGACUGCGGCUGUCGCGGGAGAUUGAGCGUCGAAAAGGGGGUGCGGAGCACCAGUGGUACGACUGGGUGAUGUUUCGCCAUCAGCAGGUGCUGCACUGCGGCGAGGCGUACAUGGAAAUGUACUCCAUGGAGGUGAUGAUGGAAGAGACGCAGGCGUGCACCGACCCGCGGGCGCGAAAGAUUCUGCGCGACAUCGGGUGGAUCUACGCCCUGGCGCGCCAGCGGGACCGGCUGGACUACGUCCUGACGCAGCAGAUGCUGAGCCCCGGGAAGGCGAACGUGCUGGAGUCCCACCUGGACAACCUCGUCACCGUGCUGGCGCCCCAGUGCGUCAACCUCGUCGAAGCGUUUCAGGUUCCCGCGGCGUUUCGCGCGGCGUGCGCGGGGGACAACUUUGAGGCGUACUGGACAAUUCCAGGCACAAACACGGGGAUCCAGCGCGGGGAUCGCGUGACCCUCUUCCACGCCAAAGACUCCACCAGAGACACCAAGGCCGAGCAGGAGCAGAUGCAGGAAUCGGAGGAGGAAUGGGACCUCUUUCACGGAAUCGCGGCGGCGCCCUCCUUCGCUCAGAAGAAGUGA